CCGGAAAAGUAUGGAUACAUAUAUAGGUGUGAGUACCGAUUGAUUGUCAGAUCCCCGAAGGCUGUCAGAUCCAAAGGAAAUGAAUUAUCACUCAUAACGUGUUGUUCCACCGGAUUGUGAGGUUGUGAAAGACUGUUUUUUUUCGAAAAUUUGAAUAGACGUUACUUUGAAUUUCGGCGAAAGUGUUGUCUCGAAGCAAUACGGCUGGGGGAUAAUAUCCAGUGUGCAGAAAUCAUGGACAACAAACAACUCAGAGAUAGGUUAGUCAGUAUCCUCGAUCAAGUCGAGGCUCGUGUUGAGGAGUUAAGAAGAGAAGCGUGGGAGCUUGAGGAAAAGAAAGAGAACUUAUUAAGCACGUUGGAUGCGCUUCAAAACAACGAAAAUAUAUUUGAAUUAGUGCACGAGGAGAGAGAAGAAAUCAUGAGAUCGGUAGAGGGUUUGUGGGUGCGCACCUCGACAGUUGAAAUCCUCAUCGAAACUCAGCGAAAUACAGAUCAAGAAGAAUCUCUGCACAAGGUAAAUGAUUUGAUCGACAGCUUGAUUAUACAAUUGCAAGAAGAUCCCCAGGCUACACGAGAGCGAUGUAGGAGGUUCAUGAAUGCUUGUACUUCCCAUGGUCCAGAAUAUUCGGAACAAAUCUUCGAGUCUGCUAUUUUAGGUUGUACUUUAGAUGAUCAAAAACGCAUUAAAAAAAGACUGCAGGGUCUGCUAGAUUACAUUAGUAAGAUGCAUACAAUAUAAUUUUGAUUAAAAUAUCAUUAAGAGCUUAUUGAGAAGAAUUUCUCUUCACCUUGACUUUUGAGCAAGCAUAUUGUAUACUAUCAUUAUCUUUGACAUAGCAUAUUACUAGAGUUCUAUAGCAAAGAACCAAUAUUUUCAAUGAAACAUUGCAGAUAUCAUUUUCUAAUAAUUAAUCAACCAGAUUGCAAUUGUUCCUUAAUGUCCUAGAAAAAAGCCAAAUAUCAGAAUGAAGAAAAAAGUUCGAAUUUCGCGUUGAUGAUGACAGCAAAAUAGUAAUUCUGAUCUGUGUGACCAUAUAGAUCAAGCAAAUAUAAAUUACCUUUUAGCUACAUUAAAGGAAGAAAUCAGAUUUAAUCUAAACCAAAAGUUUAGUCUGUUUGCUGUCAGGCCGUUUACUGUACUUAUUUAUUACAUGUAAUAUGA